UCCGCCUGUGUGGUUACGUCAUCAACAUGCGACAGUAGUUCUGUUUUGCUUCCUUCAAGCACAUGAGACAAACCAACGUGGCUUUGCUUUUGACAAUACAUUUCUGAAGCAACUAAAUGUAGUUACAUGGUUAUUAAAUCCAACGUUUUUAAACCAUCACCGACUUUAACAAAACAAGCGGAUUGACAAGUAAAACAUCUCGUUGUUCUGCUUUAGAGACAAACUGGCAUCCGGGAUCAUGUUUAAUGAGGACGAAGAAUGGAGUGAUGAACAAGACGAUCAAGUCCUAAGCAAACCCGUCCUCAAAAACAUCCAGAAGGCUAACAGCAGCACAAAUGCCAAGGCUAAGCUGGUUGGAAAAAAGAGCCUGAUGCGGACCCUGCAGACACUGGGGUCGGUACCAGAGUGGAAGAACGAGGACCAUCAGCAGGGCAGUGACAGUGAGGCAGAAGAGGUCCCGACAAACAGCAAGAAAAAAAGGAAGAAGAAGAGAAGUAAAAGGCGAAAGCAAGCAGAAAUAACAGGAGAGCCGCAAGAGAAUGGGAAGAAAGAUCAGACUGCUAAUGAGGAGAAAUCUGUACCAAAAAACAAGAAGACAUUUGUGACCCCGAAGGCCAAAACCACAUCUGUGGCCAAGACAAAAGAGAAAGAAGUGACCCAAUCUGCAACAGUAAAUGGCAAUAAUCCAGAGGACACUGAGCAACUAAACAGAAAACAGUGGAAAAACAAAAUGAAGAACAAGAGGAAAUGUAAUAAUAAAUACAGACAGAAUAAGGAUGAGGAAGUCAAUAAAGGAUCGGCAGAGCCAGACAAGACAAAGCAAGAAGGCAAAAUACAUUCAAAUACCAAGAGUAAAACUCCAGCCAAGAAAAAGGAAAAGCAACGUAAACCACAGAAAAGGAAAAACACUAAAGAGGAAACUGAUGUAUCCGCCUCAACAGAGAGGCUGCAAACUGUUGGCAAAGUUAAAAAAGCUGCAAAUGAAUCUUCUGCUGGUGGAUCAAAACAUAAAGCAGAUGAACCUAUAGUGGAGAUCACAGACGAUCAGCACCCAUCUCCCAUCAAAAGACUGAGACCUGAGCUGAGCAAAGCAGAGAUUCUGAAAAGAGAGAAGCUGAGGAAAAUGCUGCACAACCAGGAGAAGGUCCAACAAGAGCAGGUCCAACAGGAGAGUCCUGCGGAGAUGAAAGACGAGCCUGUGGUACCAGAAGAAGAGGUGCAGCAGGACCGCUCCGCCUCCUUACGGUCCCGCAUGGAGCAGCGUCUGGAGUCAGCUCGUUUCCGCUACAUAAAUGAAGUUUUGUACAGCACUUCAAGCGGAGAGGCCAGGCGCAUGUUCAAACAGGACCCAGAGGCUUUCGGGAUCUACCACAGAGGAUACACAGCGCAGGUCCAGAGAUGGCCGGCUAAUCCAGUGGAAGCCAUCAUCUCUUACAUUCAACAAAAGCCUCCCUCUCUGGUGGUUGCAGACUUUGGUUGUGGCGACUGUAAAAUAGCGAGCAGUGUGAAGAACAAAGUGCACAGCUUCGACUUGGUGGCUACAUGUGAGCUUGUCACAGUCUGCGACAUGACCAACGUUCCGCUUCCUGACAGGUCUGUGGACAUCGCUGUGUUCUGCCUUUCUCUCAUGGGAACCAACCUGGCAGACUUUCUAGCAGAGGCCAAUCGUGUCUUAAAGAUGGGGGGUGUCCUUAAAAUAGCAGAAGUGGCCAGCAGGUUCGAGAACGUGCGGAACUUCGUCACUGGACUGGCAAGCCUGGGAUUCAAGAUGGUGUCCAAGGACGCAGAGAACACUUAUUUCCACUCCUUUGAACUAUUGAAGACUGCAGAUGCUCCAGAAAAUAUAAAGACAUUUGGACUGCAGUUGAAGCCCUGUGUCUACAAGAAAAGAUAAAUGAAUGUGUUUAUAUCACAUUGUACUGCCACAGUUCAGUUCCUUCACCAAAAGUUGUACAUUUGUAUUUAACUGUACAGUACAGUGCUCUGUAAUCAUAUGCCAUCAUUAUCUGAGAGCAUGCAGGUUACCUACCCUUGUCUCUGAUUUAAGAUGUGCUGAUCAGUAAAAUACAAUGUGUGGUGUUUUGUUGAAAUAAAACCUACAUAUAGUUUGGUUGUCCCAAUAUACUUAUGCCCAUCAAAUCCAGGGAUUUUUAUAAGAAAAGUAACGUCAAUGUUAAGAUUGCAAUAAAUGAAAAAUACUGACAGUUCUGGUAAGAGUGAAACAUUUUAUUUUUGUCUGUUUAGUGACUAAAUUAUAUCACUGAUUAUAUUGA